GGAAUACUAAUCAACCUGUUUGCCGACAAGUGCAACGGCUCGGCGCGCAAUUUAGGACUUCCCCAUUCUGUCUCUAGAAACGUCUUUGCCGGAUUGAAUUUAAACCUCCACCUGCUGAAUUUCAUCGGGAUUUUGUAGUGCAGCCUUCUUUGCACGAACGAGUGGUUAUCACUCCUGUCUUCCCUGUCUCUGUCUCCUCUGAUGUGCGACAGGCGGUCGGGGAGAGUGGACCGGGGGGACUGACAGUCCACUCCUGCGCCGCCUCAAACAAGGGAAGCCCCCCACGCGUUGCGCGCCUGGAUUGCCGGUAUAUAUUCGCGGCGUGGAGUGCGUGUGCAUGUGCGUCAGGCUAUUAAAUGUGUGAGCUCGCGCGCGACAAAGCCCCGGGCUCCGUCCUCAACAGUUGCCACCGGAGCGGAGGAGAGGAGAGGAGGAGGGCGAGAGAGAUAGCAGACUGAGGAAGGACGGACGCGGAGCCCCACGCCGCUCUGCCCGGCUCUGCUCCUGACAUGCAGUCGCUCAUCUCUCCGGUGACAAAGGCCAUCCUAGUAGCGCUCUUCAUCUUCGCCAUACUCCUAAUUCUCUAUGUGAUCCUGUGGUACAUUUGCAGAGACGUGGACUGUGACCACGGCAUUUGAGGAUUCCGUUAAAACGGGAAUAACGGGAAUUUAGCAAUGGGGCGCACAGAGGAGCCCGCAGAGCCCAGGGUCAUCCCUGAUGCCCAGACAAGAUGGCAAGGUUGCCAUAGUGACAGGAGGAGGCAGGGGAAUCGGCUAUGAGGUAGUCCGCCACAUGGCCAGACUGGGGGCGCAUGUUAUCAUAGGUGGGAGGGAUGAGCAGGAGGGUCUGGUAGCUGUCAAAAGGAUCUGUGAAGAGUACAAAGAGGCCAAAGUGGAGUUCAAGAAAGUGGACCUAGCCUCUUUGCAGUCUGUCCGUCAAUUUGUCCAAAACUUCAAAGAGCGGGACCUACCGCUAAACAUUCUGGUCAAUAAUGCGGGUGUCAUGCUGGUUCCCAAAGGCUGUACUGAAGAUGGAUUUGAGCAGCACUUUGGGGUGAACUAUGUAGGCCACUUCCUGUUGACUUGGCUACUCUUGGAUACACUGAAGGAUUCUGGGAAAUGUGGUCACUUCUCUCGCGUAGUCAACGUCUCCUCCUCUGCCCACCGCAUCAGCAAUAUCACACUAAAUGACUUAAACAGCUGCCAGUGUUAUUCAGCCCAUGCUGCAUACUGUCAAAGUAAGCUGGCCCAGCUGUUAUUUAGUUCCCACCUCCACCAGGAGUUGCAGCAUGGAGGUUUCCCAGUGAGUUCAUGUGCUGUGGAUCCUGGCAUGGUGGAUACUGCUCUGUACCGUCACCUCUGGACGCCCCUCCGUCUGGCACAGAGCACCAUUGCUCACCUGCUUUUCAGGACUCCUACAGAGGGUGCUGCCACUGUGCUGUACACUGCCCUAUCACCGGACCUGGAGGGGGAGUGUGGAGGCGGCUACUGGGCCAAUGGGUGCAGGGAGAUAACAAGACCACCGACCUUUGACCCCCAGCUGCAGCUUAGUCUAUGGGAGACCAGCCUCCAGUUACUGGGCCUGCAGUAAUAAAGGACAACCAACAGGACUCAACCCCCGAAGAACGGAACAGAUACAGACCCUUAACUUGGGCCAACCAGCCACCUUCCUUCUCCUCCCUUUUUUCUCAAUAUUUUUUUUCACAUUAAGGUGUUUGUAGAGUUAUGUUGGCAAUCUUACAAUCCACCGCUGGACUGUGAUUGGUUACUGGGGAAGCAAAGGCCUCCUUUUUGUUCCAGACCUGCCAAAGAAGGGCUACAGGGGAUGGAAGACAUAUUUUGUUUGUUUGUUUGUUUUUCACUGUGACUAAGCAAACGUACGCACACUUACAGACACACUGUAUGGGUUAUAUCGAUACAUGAUUUAGCUGUUAUAGCUACUGGGCAGUUGCUGACAGUUGUUUAUUCCCUGAUCGUAGCUAACCAGAUAAAUUGUUCCAAUUCAAAAACCUGCUAUGACACCUGCUCCACUCUGCCUUAAUGUCAUUAGUCUGGCUUUUAAUGAUGGGUUUUCAUUGUCAACAAUAAACUAAAUGCUCUGUCAGAGGCUUUUCCUCACAAAUAUAGAAUUGUAGGCAAACAUUAAAAUGCUUCUUGGGCAUGAAAAUAGUUCAAUUGAGAAGCUGGAUUUUGGCAAAGUAUACUGGCUGCAAAAUCACAUCAGUUAAACCCUAGCACACAAACACACACAUUUUCAUGCACCAUGACAAUGACCAGAUUCUUAAAAUUUGAACCCGACUUGCAGUGGCGGAGGAAUGUGAUGUUAUCACUCUGCUUUGACACAUCACAAUGAUUUCUCAGAUUGUCUUACCAUCCCAACCAUUUUACCAGGAGCACCUUGUUCUUUUGGUACAUUCUUGUGCUUUUACUGGUUACUGCCGUUCUGAAUCCUCAUGUUAACUGCUGGUCGUAAUUGUGUAAUAAGCUGUGUUUGUUUUUUUAAAGAGGUGAAUUCUGCUGUUCUCGUGAAGAUGCAGGGAAAAUGUAACCAACUCCCCCGUCCUCUCUCUUUCUCUCUCUCUCUCCAUCACUCAGCAAUCCAACAAAAGACAUUCCUAUGGUCAGAAGGGGGGAUUUGGGAAGAAACUGGAAAAAAGAUGGAAAAGUAGGGCCAAAUUUGGAAUGACUCCCCCUAUAGACUUGAGAGUGAUGAGACAUUUGUUUUUGUUGUGAGGAAUUUUCCUGCUGUUGUCACCAUCUGAAGCCAGGAUUUCCAGACGUUCAUGUUUGCUUUUGUCUGCGCAGAAACAAAAAGGGAAGGAUGGGGAACCAACCGCCCCUUCAGUCUGUCCCGGUUUUCCUUUGUGAUCUGUGUUAAUCGGUUUUACUGUGCCUGUGUUAUGUAUGUGCUUAAUGCACAUAAGCUAAGCAUUAACUCGAGCUAUAGACCCAAUUCUUGUUGAUGGACAGCACAAUGGCCAGUCCAGGUGAAACAGCGACUGAAAGGAGAAAGAGGGAAAACACUUUUUUUUAAGCAUUCAAACUGUGAUUGGUUUCUCAUUGCUGCUGCUGCUGCUGCUUCCUCAUUUGGCGCCACUCCCAGUGCAUUGUGGGAUUGAGAUUUCCCAGUGGUGAGAAUCAAACUCCAUCUGCUAAGCUGACACACAUACACACACACUCACUCUCAAACAUUGUAAGCAGUACAUCCAGGCACAGGCUUAUCUAAACAAGCACACAGCAAACAAACACGUCUGUCUCUCAUGCAGGAAAAUACUCACAUACACACAUACACACAGCCAUAACACCAUCACCACUGUGAUUAACCAUUUUAGCUGUGAAGAUGAAAAGUUUUAUCUCAAAUUAACAAGUUUUGGCUUAAGCUCCUUCCCCACAUCCCAUCCCACUGCUGUAUGUGUAUAUCAUUGCUUUGAAUACUGCCAUUGAGCAUCCAGCAUUCAUUAUUAUCUGCCGUAUGAGAAGCAAUAGUAUCACUGUGGUACUGUAGCUAGUUCAGCCAGUAGCACGGAGCCAGACAUUCAGACUAGGAGAAGAGCCCAAGACUGUGAAAGCGUAUAAAUGAAAAAGAAAACAGCUUCAGGUUACCCAUGUAUCAGGAAUUCUAAAUUUCUUUGUCUACCUGUAUAAAAACAUUAAGUGACAGAAAAAGAAAGAGCCACACUCUUUUUCAGGCAGUUUGAAGAUGUGUCCCAGUUCAGAAAUCCUCUGAAGGAUGCAGCCAACAACAGUCAGUUCCUCAGAGGAUCUGAGGGUCAGGCUGAACCUGUUCCUUUCCCCCUAAAUGAGACACACUGUCUAGACUCACAGAGAUGAAAACAAAAAAAACCCUAUUGGUGUCUUCACGCCCUCCCUGUCAACUCGUAAACAAAGUCAACACAGGCAACAGCAAACAAAUAGGUUGGUAAUGGUAAAUAAAUCCAUAUUGCUUAUAUUUAUUUGUAAUGCCCUGUGGUUAACAUGUCCAUGCUGCAAAUAGUGGAGUUCAUGUCUGGCUUGCUUUAUUAACAACCUAUUGUUAGUCUGAUCCAUGUGAAAUGAUUACCAAUGAUAGAUCACCUUAAUACAUGGACCUGGUAAAUACGACAUGAUCAUUUGAACUUAUGAGUUGUCAGAGAUUGCCUGAAUGCUCCAUUAAACAGCCAACCACACCGUAACAGGCUCGGGAUGACCCCGAAGCAGGUUCUGUCCUGCAAAUUUUUGGAGUGUGGAGGGGCCUUUGAAAUGGGACAGGCCUUGUUGGCUCGCUGUGAUGAAAUGUGGACUCUGGGUCUAUUUUUAGACUCCUGCUGUGUUAAUGUUAUAUGGAAUGGAUGGGAGCAGUGGAAAAGAUUGCCAUGUUUAUGGUACUGAAGUAUAGAGAAAAAUUGGUUAGAGUAAGAGUUUUAUAGUCCUAAUUACUCAGUUACUUGGAUGUCGACAUGAACAACUUCUACAAGUCUGAACCUGAUAAUUUCGAUAACUCCAGUAUGACACGAACGCAUCAUUACUCAAGGAAAACGCAUCAUAGCUUGCCUUGGUCCUGAUUGGCUAACCAUUAGAGUGAUUGAAAUGUGGCCAAUCAGACCUAUGUAUCUGAACCUCCACCAGCAGGUUUACAUCAUUUGAAUAAGAGUAGCUGAUUCUGGUCAGCAAAUUGGGGUUCAGUGUGUUUCAGACUUUAAUUCAGUAUAACAAUUUCAAUUCAGUUUUUAAUGUAACUACAUUAUUUUUUGCAAAAUAUUACAAUCCAGAACCUCAGUAUAUUUGAAAGGGAAAUUCAACUGAAUAAAAUGGGAUAUUUAAAAUUCUAAUUUAAAGCAAACAUCUCUUGAGUCUGAUGUUUUUUUCUAGUGUAGCUCUUGUGUGGGAAUUGACUCUAAAUGCCAGCAAUACUCCUCAGUUUUUAAAGUAUUUUUUUCUUCUACUCAGUGUUGUCAAACUGUUUGGAAACAAACUGUUUAUUGCCUCAGUGCAUCCUUGUUUGACUGUGUGGUUCCUCAAGGCUACUGUAAGGUUACUGACGAAAUAACAGACUAUCAAACAACCAAACACAGUCCCAGUGAAACAAAUGCACUUGUCCCUUCACACAGAUGAAAACACCAGCUUGCCACUUAGCAGUGCUCAUUUUUAAAAAAAGUACAAAGCUACAGUGUGAGCUACAUCCCGUCAAAGAGCUAUCAUGUUUUUCACAGUCCAGCUGCUAUAAUAGACGUAUUAAAACCCGAGAAGGAGAGCACAAGACUUUCCAAAGACGAGGUGAGGAGGAGUGUGAGGGUCUGUCUUGGUAUUCUUGUUGUGUCAGUGUGCAGAGGAGGCUGCUAAAUUAUCAAUGAUUACCUUGUUAUAUAUUUAGCGUACUCCUGAAGUGUUCUGCACAGACAGGACAACACAAUGAACUUUCUGAACUUGAAUUGCAAGAAUAGAAAAAAAGCAAAAACAGCUCAAGUAACCGUCUGUGAUAUUGUCUGUAUGUGAUUUAGUCGUAUAUGAUCAUUUCAAAGCAUUGCCACCGCUGGACAUGGACCAGUGGAGCUGUAAGUAGACUGAAAAUGCUCUGAUAGCCAUUUUUCUGACUGACCUGGGAUUACAUUUAUAUUAAAUGUUUUGGUCCCAAGUUCUGCAAAUCCUAAAUGUGUAUAUGUAUACGAAGAGGUAAUAUAAAGAUGUAUAGAGGAGGGAACCAGAUGAACUGAGUCCUUACUCUGGUGGCAGGACCAGUUAAGAGAAAAUUCAUGCAGACAUUUUUCUGUAGUUUCACCUUUAAUAUACCAGUAUAACAUUUUCUCUUAAGUUGACUUCACCCAAGCUACAAAUAGAAGAUGUUCCCACCUCAAAUCCAGUGUAAACAUUCAGUCCAUCUGGUCACCUAAGGAUCUAUGAAAUGUGCAAAAUGUUUUAUUUUUAUUGUUAUUUUGUUGUUGUAGAGAUACACAUUUUAUUGCUUUUGCCGUGCCUAUGAAGAAAAUCUCCCUCAUAUAUGUGUAACUGUGAAUUUUUCAUGUAGAAAAGAGCUUGUAGAAACUGUGAUACCGUCUUGUCCUGUGCAUUGCUGUAAGUUUUUUCUUCUCUUUGGAGUGAUGGGACUGGAAAUGAGGAGUGUGGAUGUGUGUGUGUGUCAGUGUGUGUGUGUGUGUGUGUCUAGAUUAGGGAGUUCAUGUCCAUGUUUUUUGUCGAUGGUUGUGACAUUCCAGCAGCAGCCACCACCUUUUCUAUUAUCCAAAGCCUCUCAAUAAACAUAUCAUUGUGCCA